CAUACAACUGACAUACAACGAGUAAAACUACAGUAGUGAAGACGCACUAAAAAAAAUUUCGUGAACAUUUUACAUUUUUUCAUUGAAAAACAAUACAAAUAAAUACAAGAGUGUGCUAAUAAAAUGGCUCGUACCAAAAUGGCUGGCAAUGCAGCAGUGCCGAAACACAAGCCAGUUGCGCGUUUCGGAUCCAAAACGGCUGGUACCAAAUCACCCGUAAGUGCUGCGGUUCCAAGUGGAGCGGACCAAAUCAAAAUGACUCUGGACGUGGAAGUGAAAGCGCUCGGUGCAAAAUGGUUCCGCAGCAAUGAUUUGGACAUCCGUGUGUCGAAGGAGCGGUAUAUGGGCACCGAACACUUGUGUGUCCACAUUUUCGCAUCGACGAAAAGUGUGGUGGUAUCGGCUAAGAUGGAAGCCCUCGGAUGGGAGGCGGAUAUCUUGGCCGAUGUGUUGCACCCGAAACAUCUUGGGACCGGCCGUGGACUGAUGAAGUGUUCCGAGAUCCAACAUCUCGGAAAUCUCCAGAUAUCGCUGGAAAUAAAUCAGCAUAUUUACACUGCAUCCCUCCUGCACUUCUCAGCGAUGCACGUUACCAGAAUUUUGGCUGGUACACAGCACAUUUCACCAGUUGCGACUUCGGUCAUAUAUUCGUUGAAGCGAGUAUAG